CGCUGGUUUUGUCACUUGUUUUUCAGCUCCAUUUUUCUCUUAUUUGUGCUGGACUAACAUCACAUAUUUUCCUCUGCAUGUCUCCUCCACCCACGGCUCCUCCUCUCACACACACACACACACACACACCCACCCACCGCAGUUUCUAAUUGGGCUUCAUUACCAUUUCCUUUCAGUUUUUCCCAGCAGGACUCUCUGACCAGGAGGAACAGCUUUCACUGGUCACACAUAUACGAACAUCACCGUCGUCGUCAUCAUCAUCAUCAGAAGCAGCAGAACUUCAAGACUUCAGCGCAUCAUCUGCCUUGAGACUGCAAUGACCUCACUCAGACUCUUGUCCCUGUUCCCCUCCCUCCUCGUCCUACAAGUCCAUCUUUCCAACCAGUUAGAGGACAAUAAGAUCCCCCCCAGUCUGUGUACUGGCCACCCUGGUAUCCCAGGCUCUCCUGGGGUUCAUGGCAGUCCUGGUCAGCCAGGGAGAGAUGGGAGGGAUGGGAGGGAUGCUGCUCCUGGGGAAAAGGGGGAGAGAGGGGAGAGAGGGGCCCCAGGUGAGACAGGAAUGCGAGGCCUGACUGGAGACAGGGGUGACCCUGGAGAAAAGGGGGAAAGGGGGCAGCCGGGCGAGUGUGCAGUGGCUCCUAAAUCCGCCUUCAGUGUCAAACUCUCUCAGGGCCAAACCUCGCCCCUGAAUGUGGGCGACGCAGUCCGCUUUGACACCAUCCUGAUCAAUGAACAAGGCGACUACAACUCAGAGACGGGACGCUUCACCUGCAAAGUCCCUGGAGUCUACUACUUUGCCGUCCACGCCACGGUGUACCGCGCCAGCCUGCAGUUCGACCUGAUGAAGAACGGACACGCUGUGGCUUCUUAUUUUCAGUUUUAUGGCAACUGGCCUAAACCAGCAUCUCUUUCAGGCGGCUCCCUGCUUCACCUCAUCCCCGGCGAUCAGGUGUGGGUGCAGAUGGCUCUCUCAGAGUACAAUGGAUUUUACUCCAGCACCAAGACAGACAGCAGCUUCACCGGCUUCUUGGUGUACUCGGACUGGAAAAACUCUGCUGUGUUUGCCUGACAUGUGCCGCUUUUAUUUCCUUACUGAGACAUUCUGGACAGACAAGUGAAUCAUCCGUGACACGAUACAGCUGUAUUUGUGUAAUAAAUAAAGAACACACCAGGCAAUGUAA